CCGAGAGCCCGGUCAGUUCUCUUUGCCGAGCGACUGAGAGACUUUCUGUUCCUCUCCAGCGUUGGCAGCGGUGGGUGGGUGGGGGGGGUGGAUUCCACCCCUCAGUAAUGCCUCCGGGGGGUCCAUGAGACGGGAAGAAGGUGCUCACCCUUUGACGGACGCCCACCCGACUUGCCCGGCCAUGGAGUGCGUGCAAGUGCCCCCGAUGCAGCAGCAACAAGGGAAAGCUGCCGAGGGGGACCCUCUCCUGCUGCUGCUGCCUCCCGAGGUGCAGAAGGAGGAGGCUGAGGCAGUGCUGAGGGCUUCUGACCCCUGGGCUGCCUCCCAAGAUGACAGCGGCCCAGGCGGGACGGGACUUCGAGACGCUGCGGACUUUUCAUCACGUCUCCAAAAUCCGGACGGCCUUCGCUCCUCGCCUAUCUCUCCCGCUGUAGGGGGCCAUCCCGAUGGAGGUAUGGUGGGCCGUUCUGCUACGACGGAGGGUUUGCAGGAGACUGGUGCUGAAGCCGGAGAGCCCUUGCAGCCAAAUGGGAAAGAGACGUCAGGCCUUUCAGUCCAGGAGGAUCUGUCGGUUGGUGCGGUGGCCCGUGGAGAUGCCUCUUUGGCCACGGAGGCGGAUAUGACUGCCCGAGAAUGCCUUAGGGACGCGGAAAAGUCUCCCCAGCAGAACAGCUGCUUGCAGGAGACAUCGGACUCCCCCUCUCAGAACUGCAGCUUAGGCGUGGGCGCGGGAGCCGCUGGAGAAUACCUGCGGGACGACCCGUUGGACCAGGCCUCUCCGCCUGUGGAAGACGGGAAGCUCAGACCUGGGGCCAAGCGGGUCACGUUCCCUUCUGACGACGACAUCGUGUCGGGGGCUGUGGAGCCCAAAGACCCUUGGAGGCACGCUCAGAAUGUAACCGUGGAAGAAAUUCUCACUGCCUACAAGCAAGCCUGUCAGAAGCUGAACUGCAAACAGAUUCCCAAACUGCUGAAGCAGAUCCAGGAAUUUAAGGACCUGACGCCCAGGAUAGAUUGCCUGGAUCUGAAAGGCGAGAAGCUGGACUACAAAACCUGCGAGGCCCUGGAAGAGAUCUUUAAGCGGCUUCAGUUCAGGAUCGUGGACCUGGAGCAAACCAACCUGGAUGAGGAUGGUGCCUCGGCGCUGUUCGACAUGAUCGAAUACUACGAGUCGGCCACGCACCUCAACAUCUCCUUCAACAAGCACAUCGGCACACGCGGCUGGCAGGCCGCCGCGCACAUGAUGCGGAAGACGAACUGUCUCCAGUACUUGGACGCCCGCAACACGCCCCUGCUGGAUCACUCGGCCCCCUUCGUGGCGCGCGCCCUGCGCAUCAGCAACAGCCUGGCCGUGCUGCACCUGGAGAACGCCAGCCUGUCCGGGCGCCCCCUCAUGUUGCUGGCGACCGCUCUGAAAAUGAACGUGAACCUGAGAGAGCUGUACCUGGCCGACAACAAGCUGAACAGCCUUCAGGACUCCGCUCAGCUCGGCAACCUCCUGAAGUUCAACUGUUCCAUUCAGAUCCUGGACCUGAGGAACAACCACAUCCUGGACUCAGGGCUGGCCUACGUCUGCGAAGGGCUGAAGGAGCAGCGGAAAGGCCUGGUCACGCUGGUGCUGUGGAACAACCAGCUGACUCACACCGGCAUGGCAUACAUGGGCGUGACGCUGCCUCACAUGCAGAGCCUGGAGACGCUGAACCUGGGCCACAACCCCAUCGGCAACGAAGGCGUCCGCAACCUGAAGAACGGGCUGAUUGGCAACCGCUCGGUGCUCCGGCUGGGCUUGGCGUCGACCAAGCUGACGUGCGAAGGUGCGGUGGCCGUGGCCGAGUUCAUCGCCGAGAGCCCCCGCUUGCUCCGCCUGGACCUGCGGGAAAACGAGAUCAAGACCGGGGGGCUGAUGGCCUUGUCCCUGGCCCUGAAGGUCAACCACUCCCUGCUCAGACUGGACCUCGACAGGGAGCCCAAAAAGGAAUCGGUGAAGAGCUUUAUCGAGACACAGAAGGCCCUCCUGACCGAAAUCCAAAACGGCUGCAAGCGUAACUUUGUCCUGGCCAAAGAGAAGGAGGAGAAAGAGCAGAAGCUCCAGCAGUCCGCCUCCAUGCCCGAAAUCACCAUCACCGAACCCCUCGAAGAAGGCCCCGUGGAAGUCUCCGGGCCCAAUGGCGACACGACACCCACGCUGGAAGAGGGAGAGGAAGUCGGGGAGGCAUUGACAUCCCAGGAGAACGGGACCCCAGAGAAGACGGCCGUCGACGGCAACAACGAGUCCUCCGAAUCAGAUUCGGACACGGACGAAGAGGACGACGAAAAGUUGGAGAUGAAGGAUCUUGCUCAGCUGCAGAAAUGCAGGGAGCCGGAGCAUACCGAUCCCCCCAAGCCGUGUCUUUCCCCCAUAAAAGCCAAGGAGCCCCUUAGCUCUGAAACCAGAGUCCACACUACAGAGGAAAUAAAAUGUGAAUCUAGAGUGGGAGUUACGAGCGGGCCCCCAACGCAAACCAGCUCUCCCGGGAACGAGAGGCGGAUUGCAGUUUCCAGCCCUGGCCGAGGUCACAAAAUCUUCGUGGUGACGCGGGUGGAGAGCCUGCCGGAGAAUGCGGAAGAAAAGAGUAUGCGGCAAGAGGGUGGGCCACUUCCGCAGGCCAGCCCACUACAGCAGGCAAACCCUCCUGCCCGGAGCCGGCCGACAAAGACUGACUGCUUGGACGGGCGGGUGAACGAGACUGUUGCCGUGUCAACGGCCAAUUCCGAAACGUCGGCCUCCGUACCGAGCUCCGGCUUGGGUCCCGAAAAGAUGAACUCAGGGCUUUGCACAGAUGCAGUUCUCAGCGUCCCGCUGCCUAACGGACUAAGGACGGAUUUUGCCCAUGCACUACCGGACGCGUCCUUGGGGCGCGACUGCAAAAUGGCCAGUUGCGCUGCGGAACAUGAGCUGAGCUGUUCCAAGAACGAGAAGGAGCUGGAGGAGCUGCUCUUGGAUGCGAGCCUAGAAAUGGGGCAGGAACCAAUGUGACACUUGAGUUCUGGGCCGUCCCGCAUAAGCGGAUUCUGUCUCGGGAAGCACCUGUAUAGUUCUACUCCCUUUCCUCACCAUGUGAUACUGGGGGGGGGGGGAGAAAACGCUGAGUUUGCAAUACAGAGGCCAAUGUGAUUUCCCCCUCCCUCCCCUAUUUCCCCCCCCCUCGCCUUUCUUUUUGGCGGAACAGCUGUGCUCACAAUCUCAGCUACUGUGUUUCUUUCUCCCCCCCUCCCACGUGUUUCUUCUCGACUCAUCUUCCCUCCGAGAAAAGCAAGGAGGGGGGGGGCGCUCCUCAGGGUAAGGAGAAAAGUCGAGAAGACCUUGACCAAGAGAAAAGCUUCCUCGCUUUGAGGACAGUGCGGAAGUCUCACUGUCUCUGUCCGGCUCUGAAGCCUGACCCCCCUCCACACACACCGCCCCUCCUGGGGGGGGGGGGGCCUUGCAGGUUUUUUUCCUUCCGGAGUUUCUCUUCCAAGUUAAACUGCAAGGACACAGACUUGUGAAUUAUGGAUGAACGGGUUAAAGACGGACUUUAUAAAACGAAACCCAAAAAUGAAUGGGAGUGGGCGCUGUAUUCUUGCUUUGUCUGCACUACGAGUGCCGCGCAGGUUCCAGAAGAACCCAUUUCCCAAGACUGCGGGGAGAUAGCAGCGGCUCUCCUGUAUCGGGGCUGGCGGUGCCAUCGGGCCAUUGCUGCAGAUCUUCUGUCGACCCAAGCUGCUGUUCACAGCACAGAUGAUUAUUUAUUUUCUCGGUUUCCUCAUAACUGUGUCCUUCUUUUCCCCGUUUGUUUGUCUGUUUAUCACAACCGAAUGAGAACAGUUUUCCUUCUGCCCGUGAACUUUUCAGAACCACUUGGCCUCCUCCUAGUUGGCAGAGGGCCCCCCCCUUCAUUCCCCCCAAAUUUUGGAAGUCUCACCAAAUACAAAAAGAAGAAGAGAGAACAGUGGCAUGAUUUCCUGCGCACACGCAACUGUGCUCUCGUCCCUCGGGGAGCAAUUGCACUAAGACGAGGCCGGGCGGCCGUGGGCCCUGUUGCACGUGGGCGGGCCAUUUGCACCCAUUGGCUACCAACAGGAGAAGUUAGUGUGGUUUCAACUGUUCUUUCCCGCUUCUCGUCUUGGAGGGCAAAUGAAAGGCGUCCUCGGCACACCUCCUAGGAAGACUCUUCAAGCCGAACGCUGCUGGACUCUUUGGUAGACAGCCACAGCAGUGUCGGCAAAGCGGCUAACAGUCUCGGUCAAGGUAUCCUGUGCAGUGCGGGAGAGCGACCUCUUUCACACCAGGCGCCAGAUGGACACAAGAAGUCUCUUAGGAUGCUGCUGAUGUGUGGGGUUGCUUUAUCGUUUCCUUUUUUGUCGUUGCUGUUUCUAAGUUGCCCACCCCUCUUCAUGUUGCUGGCUUAUCCCCAUGGUUCCUGCACGUCCCCCGAGGGGCAGAUCGGGAACCUAGCCGGGGCAUCUCACUACGAACAGUCGAAUAGGAAAUCUGAUCCUUCCCAAAGGACGUGUAGCUGCCUCUUAACCCCGGGGCCCUUCAAAGUAACAUUCUUUUUAUUUUUUUAAGAGCGAGGUCGAACACCUCCAAACCAAAGUUUCUUUUCCUUAAUUAAAAAAAAAAAGUGCGGUGGGGGGGUUGUACCAGUUGCUGAAUCGUGAAGCAUUAUUAAAAAUUGUGUACAGUUCGGGGGGGAAGGGGGAAUGAAUCUCGUGGCAGGAAAGCCCCCCUCCCCCCCUGGUCAAAAUUGGUUUCUUCCUCAGUAUCAAAACUGGAGGGUUGCUGCGGAAAGUUUGUGGGGAGGGGGCUGACUAUUUCUCAGGGAAAGGGCUUUUUUUCUUUUUUUUUUUGGGGAAA